AUGGAGAUAACAGUUGACGUGCACACUGUCCAUCCAUCGUCAUCGAAAACGAGCCACCAUACAUCUACGAAGGGAGCUUACGGAUCCUGGUGCACCCCUCAAGCAACGCCUACUCGUGACAUAUUAACGAAAACAGUUUACAAUAUCGAAACUAAAACAAAUGUUCAAGAUGAUACAGGCCAGCACAGAGACAGAGGAAUAUUCCCAUUGCAGAAAGUGCGGUUGUUAACAAGUAGCCCACCGCCAAGGUUUAACUCUAAAAAAGAUGUCAUAGAAAAAGAUACGGAGCUCAAGGAUUUUAAGAAUUUACAGUCAAGAGAUAAUUCGCUAAAACGAUCGCCCGAUAGAAAAUUGGUGCCGAUAGUAGAGACACCGCAAAGUCCCGUUCCAUCAUCUCCCAGCCGGUACAAAAAAUGCAAGGGUUUAGUUCUGCCUGCUUUCUGCGACCCGUUCGUUCCAAUUGAUCCACAAGGUCGAGGUUACAUCAGCUGGUUGCUUCUAGUCACAUUCUGCUAUGGCUACAACGCGUGGUGUGUACCCUUGCGCACGACAUUCCCCUACCAAACACCCCAGAAUACGGCACUGUGGAUGGCGGCGGACUACUUGUGCGACCUGGUGUACCUACUGGACGUGGCUCUAGUGAAGCCGAGGCUCAUGUUCCUGCACGAGGGUUUUUGGGUCGAUGACCUGCGGGAAACAAGAAGGAACUACAGAAAGAAGCUGCAAUAUAAGUUCGACGUGAUUUCCUUGCUGCCGCUGGAUGUAUUGUACUUCUACUUCGGAACCCACAAAGUAAUCCUUCGAUUUCCCAGACUGUUGAAGUUGCAAACAUUCUGGGAGUUUCAUCAGGCGAUGGAUAGAGUUCUUUCUUCUCCAUACGUUGUAAGGAUCGGCAAGACAUUGUUCUACAUCUUCUACCUGAUCCAUUUGAACGCGUGCGCGUAUUAUGCUAUGAGUGACUACAUCGGUCUCGCGUCCAACGGCUGGGUGUACGAUAACCAAGGCAACGCCUACAUCAGAUGCUUUUACUUUGCUACCAAAACCGCUACGUCUAUCGGCAAGAAUCCGAAACCCGAAAAUACUGCGGAAUAUUUGUUCAUGACUGCAGCAUGGUUGAUGGGCGUGUUCGUGUUUGCUUUGCUCAUCGGACAGAUACGCGACAUCAUAGCAACCGCUACCAGAGCUAGGGCGGAGUACCGAAAGUGCGUGGACGGGUGCGCGCGCUAUCUGCGCCGCCUCAACCUGCCGCGCGCGCUGCGCCGCCGCGUCGCUUGCUGGCUGCACUACACCUGGACGCAGCAGAGGUGCUUCGAUGAAUCUAAAAUCUUGAACUCGCUUCCCUAUAACAUGAAGAGAGACGUCGCCCUGGCUGUGCACAUGUCCACUUUAAGCAAGGUGCAGCUGUUCCGCGACUGCUCGGCGUCGCUGCUGCGCGACCUGGUGCUGCAGCUGCGGCCGCUAUCGUGCCUGCCCGGCGACCUGGUCGUGCGCCGCGGUGACGUCGGACACCACAUGUACAUUGUCAAGAGCGGCGAGUGCUACGUAAUGUCACAGGAUGAAAAGGAAGUGCUGGCUACGCUUCGAGAAGGUUCUGUGUUCGGCGAGAUCAGCUUACUUGGCAUCGAUGGCUUGCGAAGACGCACAGCCACCGUUAGAUCACGAGGCUAUUCCAACUUAUUCGCCCUGUCCCGGAAUGAUCUAGACGCUGCCUUGAAACAUCACAAAGAAGCAGCUCAAAUACUUCGUCUCAGGGCCGAUCAGAUUAUAAGAGAGAACGCAGCGAGGCAAACGAAGCAGAGACUUGCGAAGUUGGAAGCGAAAAAGUCAGCGAGCAAUGAGGAGUCCACAGCGAGGAAACGUCGCCAGAGUGGCGCGAGUAUCGACAGCAGCCAGGGAAGGAGGCGUAGAUCUGCGAGUACUAUGUCUAGAAGACGUCUGUCAGCGGUCUCCGAGAACAAAGCGCAAGGAGAUGACGCACCGCCACCCGCAUACCCGCAGGCGAGAACCCCGCUACCCACCAUCGUGUACUCUUCGGCGAAUGAAUCUUAA